CAAAUUUUAUGUCCGUGAAGUCUUGCUUAUGGAUUGUUGUUUAAAUUUUAAAUAAAAAAGGUUAUCGUCCCAUAAAUUAACUUAAGAAAUUAUAUAUAAAGGAUGUCAAUUGAAAUUGAAUCAGCCGAUGUUAUUCGGCUUAUCCAGCAGUAUUUAAAAGAAUCAAACUUAUUCAGGACCCUCCAUACAUUACAAGAAGAAACAGGAGUAACACUAAAUACUGUUGAUAGUGUAGAUGGAUUUUGUGCAGACAUUAAUAAUGGACACUGGGACACUGUGCUCAAAGCUAUACAAUCAUUAAAACUUCCGGAUAAAAAGCUUAUAGACUUGUAUGAGCAAAUUGUGUUAGAAUUAAUUGAACUCAGAGAACUUGGAGCUGCAAGAUCUUUGCUGAGACAGACUGAUCCUAUGAUUAUGUUAAAACAAAAUGAACCUGAAAGGUACAUACAUUUGGAAAACUUAUUGGCAAGAUCUUACUUUGAUACAAGGGAAGCAUACACCGAUGGUAGCAGUAAAGAAAAGAGAAGAGCAGCUAUAGCACAUGCUCUUUCUGGUGAAGUGUCUGUAGUGCCUUCUUCUAGGUUACUUGCUUUGCUUGGACAAGCAUUGAAAUGGCAACAGCACCAAGGUUUACUGCCACCUGGUACUACUAUUGAUUUAUUCAGAGGUAAGGCUGCAGUAAGGGAACAGGAAGAUGAAACAUUUCCCACACAGAUGGCAAAACAAAUCAAAUUUGGACAAAAGUCACAUGUGGAAUGUGCUAGGUUUUCUCCUGAUGGACAGUAUUUGGUUACAGGUAGUGUUGAUGGUAUAAUAGAAGUUUGGAACUUUACUACAGGAAAAAUUAGAAAAGAUUUAAAAUACCAAGCACAGGAUAACUUUAUGAUGAUGGAGCAUGCAGUGCUGUGUAUGGCAUUUUCUAGAGAUAGUGAAAUGUUGGUAACUGGAUCUCAAACUGGUAGGAUCAAGGUGUGGAGGAUAAGCUCGGGACAAUGUUUAAGAAAGAUUGAAAAGGCUCAUUCCAAAGGUAUCACCUGUCUUCAGUUUUCAAGGGAUAACACUCAAGUUCUCAGUGCUUCCUUUGACCACUCCAUCAGAAUACAUGGAUUAAAGUCAGGAAAAACCCUUAAAGAGUUUAGAGGACACACAUCUUUUGUAAAUGAAGUUAUUUUCACACAAGAUGGACACAACAUUUUAAGUGCUUCUUCUGAUGGUACAGUAAAAGUAUGGAGCAUAAAAACGACUGAAUGCACUAACACUUUUAAAUCACUUGGAGCAAAUGACACAGCAGUCAACAACAUCCAUAAUUUUGCCAAAAAUCCUGAACACUUUGUAGUUUGUAAUAGGACCAAUACAGUUGUUAUUAUUAAUUUACAAGGACAGAUUGUGAGAUCAUUUGCUAGCGGUAAAAGAGAGGGAGGUGACUUUGUCUGUUCAACUGUUUCUCCAAGAGGAGAUUGGAUAUACUGUGUGGGUGAAGACAUGGUCUUAUAUUGUUUCUCCACAAAUUCAGGCAAAUUAGAAAGGACUUUAAAUAUACACGAGAAAGACGUUAUCGGUAUAUCACACCAUCCGCAUCAGAAUAUGUUGUGUUCUUAUAGUGAAGAUGGUUUGGUAAGGUUAUGGAAGCCAUAGUUUUUUAGUAUUUUCUAUGUAUAUUGUUUAAGUGUGAAAUAAAAGUUAAGAAAA